UAAGCCAUUAUCAUCUUCACGUUCCUUAAUUCCCAUACUUAUAUCUGCAAUUACUAAUUAAUGCUAAUUACGUCUUAAUUAAUCUCAUCUACGCCUCACCCUCUUACUUGAAGAGAAAUCAUACCGAUCGAUGGCAUCCCAAACCACGCAAACACGCUUUCUGCUUCUACUAGUGUGCACGGUUUUCUCUUCUCUUCAGUUCUUGCAAUGCGUUUACUGCACGGAAUUUGAGGUUGGUGAGAGAGGUGGUUGGGCUGUACCUCCGGGGAACGACACCCACAUGUACAAUGAAUGGGCUUCCCGGAAGAGGUUUAAGCUUGGCGACACCAUACGGUUCAAGUACAAGAAAGAUUCAGUGAUGGAGGUGAACAAAAAAGACUACAAUGAGUGCAAUUCAACUCGACCUGAAUUCUUUUCUAACAACGGGAACACAAUCGUUACCCUAGACCGCUCCGGCUUCUUCUACUUCAUAAGCGGAGCAACCGGGCACUGCGAUAAAGGGCAGAGAAUGAUCGUGUGGGUUAUGACACAGGACGCUUCCGGGCGAACCACCUCCCAUGCUUCCGAUACUGCCGUCUUCUCAUAUGGACUCUUUGUAAUUGUAGUUUCUUUUCAAUUUGUUUACCUUAAUUAGCUACUACUAUUUUGCUUUAAUUUUGUUUUUCUUUUUUGGCACUUUAUAUUAAUUAGUUCUCUA